AUGGCCAACUUAUCGAGCGCACUGAGAAAACCGCACCCGCGCAGUCGCGCAUCAUCGCCUGCCCUAGAACCUCACCUCGCUCGUUCAGAGGAUCUCGCCCAUAAUAACACCACGCGCGCUCACAUCGUCGCCGCCCUCAGUUUCCCUGAAACUUCAGUGUUGAUUGCGUAAGAAGCCGUGGCCCCCGGCAUGAGGUCGGGGGAGGGCGAAGGCUCGGAGCUGGCUGAGUUCGGCACCCGCUGGCCGCCUCCCUACACGCAGCUGCAGGGCUACGGCUGGCGCUCCGCUACGCCUCAGCAUCCGCCUGCGCACCACCUCGCGAGACAUUCUCGAUCACAACAGUGGUUGCAGGAUAAUCGGCACACUAGCUAUGAGGCGGAAGAUGCGCGGGUCCGGACACGCGGUGGAGUUUAUUACUCCCCACCAGGAACCUCUUACACUAUUGUAGAACGACCGGCCUCUUCCCACGGGCAUCACCCCGCCUACUCUCAUCAUUAUCCAGGCAAGCUGUCAAGGGCACAAUAUGUCGGCUCUACGACGUUGGCCAACAGUGCAGCAGGUGCAACAAGUUUACGAAAUAGUACCAAUCACCUGAGUGCAGCGAACGGCAAGAAGAGGCCAAUAUCUCCGGAGCAAGUGCUGAGGUUGUUUGGUCAGGGCGGGGCGGCCGCGCUCGGGAAGGCUUUGCCGCCUUCUCACCCGCCCGCGCCACUUCCAGCUCCACUUCCUGCUGCACUGCCGACACGUAGACAUUCACCAGCGAGCAGUCCUAGUAGUACUACGCAUCAUGCCAUCUACCGAGGGGCAGAGCGGGAGAGGCCCUACUCCUCGGGCGGUGCUCCGCCACCACCAGCGGAGCCCACCACGCGGACCGUUACUAUGUGCAGAGAUCCUGCUGACUCACAUGGUUUCGGUAUAUGCGUGAAGGGAGGGAAGGAAGCAGGUGUUGGAGUGUAUAUAUCUCGAGUAGAAGAAGGGUCCGUUGCGGAACGAGCGGGACUCCGACCCGGCGAUUCCAUUCUUCAGGUUAACGGGACCCCGUUCUCGGGAAUUUCACACGAAGAUGCACUUAAGAUGCUCAAAUCAUGUCGUCAAUUAACGAUGGUGGUGAGAACAGCUGGUGCGCUUGUCGGGCGAGCGUCGUGUUCCUGGAUGGACCGAUAUGGACGGCCAGCCUCACCUCCGCCUCUCAAGCCUCCUCGCUCUGCCAGCAAGGAUCGAUCGAUACGCAGGGUGGAUCUUUGCAUCGAACCAGGACAGUCACUAGGUCUAAUGAUCAGAGGUGGCUUGGAGUACAACCUUGGAAUAUACAUCACGGGUGUCGAUAAGGAUUCAGUGGCUGAUAGAGCGGGGCUUAUGGUUGGUGACCAAAUAUUAGAAGUAAACGGUCAAUCGUUCGUUGACGUGACCCACGAUGAGGCAGUCGCACAACUGAAGUACCAUAAACGGAUGUCAUUGCUGGUGAGGGAUGUGGGCAAAGUACCUCACGCGUGCACGGCUUACGGAGAAAGAGAAGCUGCACCGCGAAUAAGUGGUUGGGGUAGGCGAAGAGGUGCAGCGGCUGUCGCCGUUGAACAAAAAGCCAAAUCGCUCUUACCUCAAAGUGAUCUUCCUGCGAUGGCGUAUUAUAUGGAAGAAUAUGCAGCAAGAAGACUUACGCCUGACUCAUUUCUCACCGUAUUGAGAGACCUCCUCGACACGCCACAAAAGUACUCGCUUCUGACUGAAAUCCGCGAGUUUUUGUUACCCGAAGACCGGCCGAGGUUUGAUGAAUUGGUAUACAGGAGAGACGAACCGCCACCAGAACACCACUUAAAGCGCGGUGGAGAACGGCACAUGCUGCCUUCAUCAACUAUGCAUGAUCUACACGAUCCGGAGGUGCCGCCGGAAGUACCUCUAGUGGUGGACCAUCGCUCGCCCUCUGAGGACUCCGGCUUGGGUCUUCCGCCCCACGACGCCUACAGGAGUAUGAGGAAGAAGGUCGGAGGUCGAGGCGACAUUCGUCACCAUGUAACUCACGAGAAGGUAGCACCACGGCGUUACAUACGCAACGCUACGAUGAUGCUGUAA